AUCAAGAACUUCAACACUUACGGAAUUCACUUCCGGAUUCUGUUCAGAUUCAACGCAUUGAAGAACGUCUUUCAGCAUUAGGAAAUGUUAUUGCUUGUAACGAUUAUGUUGCUCUCGUUCAUCCUGAUGUUGAUAAAGAAACUCAAGAAAUUAUUCGUGAUGUACUAGAAGUGGAGGUGUUUACGCAAACAAUCGCGGGUAAUGUACUAGUUGGUAGUUAUUGUGCAAUAAGUAAUCAAGGUGGAUUGGUUCACCCACGUACGACAAUUCAGGAUCAAGAUGAAUUAUCAUCAUUAUUGCAAGUUCCUCUUGUGGCCGGGACGAUAAAUCGUGGAUCUGAUGUGGUUGGGGCAGGCCUUGUAGUGAAUGAUUGGUGCGCAUUUGCAGGAUUAGAUAGUACCGCAACAGAAUUAUCUGUGGUUGAAAAAUUGGGUAUACAUAUUGAUGGAUAUAUUGCAAGCGCAGCACAUACUACAAUAUUAAACCCAAAUCCACAACAACCUAUAGAAGGUCGAUCUGCUGAUGUUGUUGCAGCUGCACAUUUUGGUGCUGAAGUUGCUUUGAGAUUAUUGAAAGCUGGAAACAAGGGAUCAGACAUAGUCAAGGCUGUAAACCAGGUCGCAAAUUAUUUUAAAUGCAUACCGGUUGAAGGGUCUAUUGUACAACAAGUUCGUCGUUAUGUUCUUCAAGGAGAAAAUUUUGCGUCUUUGAAUCCAAAUGAUGGUUUUCCGGAUGAUGAUUUUAUGAUUAAUACAAAUGAAGCUUAUACUAUCAAUGUACUUAUGAGUACUGGUAUUGGUUUGGUCAAGGAAUCUGAAUUUAAACCAACAAUUUAUCAGAGGAAUGUUAAUGAAGUAUAUAAUUUAAAAUUGAAAGCUGCUAGAACAGUAUUUAAAAAAAUUACCGACACUUAUAAUCGUCUUGGAAUUCCGGAAUGUGCAACACAUGGUCUGUUAAGGCCGUAUUAUGUCCUACUAGAACACACUGGCCAAGCGGUCGUUGCGCAAUUUAAAUUCACAGCUCUUGUUACGUCAAGCGGAAAUGCUACGCGUAUUACAUCAUCACCUCAAUUACCAUAUGUUUCUUCUGAGUUGUCUAUACCAACAGAUUCGGACAUUGCAAAGUUGUUAGCUUGUGAAGUUAAAUCGGUGAAGGCAAAAAAUAUAUGA